CACCAUCCCCUUCACUCUUCCGGCUGUCUGUUAAUCUAAACCACACGGAGUUAAAAUGACCGCUGCUGCUGUUGUCCGGAGGCUAGCAGCCCUGUCCGGGGCUUCUGCUGUGGCAGCUGGGGCGUACGGGGCUCACGGUUUCAAACACAGCGACCCUGACGAUUACCAGAGAGUGUUAUUUGAAACUGCCAACAAGUACCAUUUCUACCACAGCCUGGCCCUGCUGGGUGCUGCCCACUCUGGCAAACCUGCUGUGGCUGGUACCCUCCUUCUGGCAGGUAUGGGGAUGUUCUGCGGCUCUCUGUACCACCAGGCCCUAACUGGAGACCCUGGUCUUCGCAAGAUUGCUCCCAUGGGAGGCAUGGCUAUGAUCGCUGGCUGGCUCGCCAUGGUUCUCUGAACUGUAACAGUUCAGGUCUCCUCCGCAGGGCCGCCGCGUGACACCAAACUGUCAGACUGCUAAUGGACGAACUGGAGAGCUUUUGAGAUUUGAGAGGUUAAAAGUGCUGAGUUAUUUCACCCAUCUAACCGCUCCCUGCUCUGGGCUGUGGGUGUCAGCAGGAGAUAAGGUCACAACAGGAUUAUCACUCUUCUGCCAUUGCUGUCUGUUUUCUGACUGGUGCCCUUUGAGUAUUUUGUUUGAGUUUGAAUGGAGAAGCAUGUGAUUGUGUCAUGUAUUUUUGUCACAUUUAAAAUAGAUAUAUUUUAGAUUUGGUGAUCGUAUAUAUUCAAUGGCAUUAUAAUUUUGUGCUGGGAAUGGAAAUGUCUAAUUUAACCUCCCAAUGCAGUUUUUUGACAGUAAACAAUAUGUUGUACUUCUUUGUUUUUACAUCAUUCACUACGUUUUUCUGACUAAUCGAUCAAUUGUUUGGUCUUUAAAAAGUAAAAUAAUGAAAGCUGGCCUUGAGCUGAAGAUGAUGCUUUCAAAUGCCUCUUUUUGUCAGACCAACAGUACAAAACCCAACGUUUGUUUAUUAUAACAGAAAACAAACGUGUAGCAUUUUUGUUUAAGAAAUAACUGAAUCAAUUAAUCGAUCAUCAGCAAAAGUUGCGGUCAGUUGACUAAUUGUUGCAGCUCUGUGGCUAAUGGAGUAAAAAUAAAGAAAACAAUGUGAAGGAUUUCAGGGAAAUAAAAACUUUUUUUUCA